AUGGGUAUACUUCAGAUGCCAACUCCUCUAAACCAUAACAAUCCAAUGAACAAUCCAAUGAACAAUCCAAUGAAUAACCCGAUGACUAACCAGAUGAGUAAUAGCAGUACCAACACUUCAUUGUCCCAUUUACAUGCCCAUAAUAAUCAGAAUUUUAAAAUACAUAAACCGUCCGGGAAUGGGACCACUCAUAAGAUUAGAGAACAAUUGAAUUUCAAAGAUGAUAAGAAAUGGAAACAGUUUAGUUCUAGAAGAUUGGAAUUGAUAGACAAGUUUGGGUUAUCGUAUAGAAAGGCUAGUGAACAGGAUGAUAAUAUCAGACAGAUUGCUACCAUCUUAAGAACAGAAUUUAAUUAUCCAAUAUCUUGUUCUGGAGAAUUUGAAAAAUUGGUCACUGCUGCAGUGCAAUCAGUAAGAAGAAACAGAAAGAGGUCUAAAAAGAGAUAUAUCAGUGGUGGUAAUUCUUCCAAUGGAGGUAGUAAUAAUGGUAUGAAUAGCAACAACAACAAUGCAAAUUUGUCUUCUUCAUCUUCUACUACUUCACGUUUAAACCCAAAUAUUUUGAACGAUUAUACUUCGGAUGAAGAUUCCAUAUCAAGAGUUGCAUCUCCAUUAUCCAACAUCUUGAGUAGUAACGCUCCUACUUCUUCAUCUUCUAACACAAAUACAAACAUAAAUAUUAAAAGAAUCCAUUCUCCUAUUCCAAUACCAUUGGAUAAUAACAAUAAAACUCUUUAUAAUUCCAGGUUGCAAAAUCUUAACAACAACACUAGCAGCAGCAACAAUAACUCAUCAUCAAAUAUAACUACUUCCACUGCAAAUCCUCCAUUAUUAAGUCAUAGAAAUAUUGAUGACUCAACCAAUAACUCAUCCACUUCGUUUUUCCAACCUUCUAUACCUGUCAUCCAAUCCCAACAGAAAUACGAUGAUAUUUUAAAGGCAAUCAUUUAUGAUAUCGUUAAUAAUAUUAUUCCUUUAUCCGAACAAUCUUUGAACGAUUCAUCAUCUUUGGCUCAAAAUUUAUCAAAUGUUUCAAAUCCAAAUUCAUUGACAAAUAAUAGUACAUCUUUAAAUGAUCAAAACUUGACAGAUUUUGCCCUAUCAACAAAUAAUUAUCAAUUAUUAUCUAUUGGUCUAAAUAAUAGUAAUAAUAAUAAUAACAACAACGGUAAUAAUAAUAAUGAUUUACCGUCUUUGAAAAAUAAUAACCCUCAAUUCUCCCAUGAUUCUAAAAAUACUAACCUUAAUUCGGGCGCACCUCCGAACGCCAACAAUAACAACCAAAUGGCAAUUUCAAAUGCUUCCGCGGCUAGUCCCACAACUUCUGCUAAUGACUUGCCCUUUUUCUUGAGGGAAAAGAUUUUAAUAAAUAUUCAGAAAUCAAGAUCAUGUAUUGAAUUGUCUACAUCUCAAGGUUCUUUUGAUUUGUAUUCUAAUCUACAAUCAUUGGGUGAAUUCUCCAUUAAAUCUGCUAUUAAUUUUGUCAUCGAAAGAUUUUUCACAAAUUUAAGCAUUUCCAUUAAAAAUUUUAUUUUAAAUAAAAUUUUUUCAGUGGAAAAUUUAUCUUUAAUUUCCAUUCAAAUAUUUAAUCAAUCUACAAAGAGAAAUUUAUUAAAUUUCACAAAUGUAAAUGAAUUAAUUAAUUUGAAGUUGUUUUAUCUUCUAAUUGGUGCACUUAUUAAAGAUUUUGGUUUCGAUCCAAUCAUUUAUCCAUUAAAUGAAAUUAUCUAUCAAUUCAUUAUUAAAAACUAUCCAUUUGUAUUAUCUUCUUCUUCUUCUUCUACAUCAAAUACCAAUAUGUUAUCAAAUAAUGGAUCUUCAAAUAAUAAUUCAUCAACUAAUGCUUCUCACCAUAUUUUAAAUAACACUUCACGUUCCACUAUCUUAUCUACUUUACCGAUGAAACCACAAUUGGCAAAUCAAGAAUUAAAUAAAAAAAUUAUUAUUAAAUAUAAUAAUCAAAAUCAAACAUUUAAUUUCCCACUUUUAAGUAAUGGUACACCUACAAUCGAUGAAAUCUUAUUCAAUUGUAAAUCAUUAUUCAAAAUUAAUAAUACUUCUACUAUAGAUCCAAAUGAUAACAGUAACACCACUCCAGAUUUAUAUUUGUUUCAUAAUAAUAAAUUGAUUCAUAAAAACUAUGAAUUAUCUAAUUUGUUUAAUAGUUUUACAAAGGAGGAUAUCAUUUUAGAAUUGAAACAAUUGAAAAAUGAUAACAAUGAUCCUAAUUCACAUUCCCAUACUCAAUCAAACUCAAGUUCAACUUCUCACCUGAUUACUCAAAACAACACUACUACUUCAAAUAAUCAAAUCAUCAAUACAAUGCCCAAACUUUCUACUACUCUAUUAUUAUUGGAUAAUAAUCAUAAUAACAAUCACAAUUUACAAAAUCCAAAUAGUCUUCCAAUUUCUCGUCCACAUUCCAACUAUAAUUCAACGUUCAAUAAUUCUAAUGCUAAUAAUAAUAAAAAUUUAUCUCAUCCAAGGGUCCCACCUCCAUCAAUGUCAGCACCUCCACCUUCUAUUCCAAUCCAACCUUUCUCUACUAACAAUCUACAACAACAACAACAACAACAACAACAACAACAACAACAACAACAACAACAACAACAACAACAACAACAACAACAACAACAACAACAACAACAACAACAACAACAACAACAACAACAACAACAGCAACAACAGCAAUCGAAUUAUCCUGGUUUAUUUGAUGCUAAUAAUACCAAUAAUUCUUCUCUCUUAAAUUCUACAAGACCAAAUACACCUGGGUUCAUUCCUUCACGUUCAAACACUCCUGGAUUACCUCAUCCAAUGAAUGGAAUUUCUCCUCCAAUCUUUUCUACUUUAUUACCAGAUUCAAACACUCCUCCAAUUUUAAACAUUUCUAGAUCAAAUACUCCUUCAUUUGCCACGUUAUUGAAUAAUACAAAUACUAAUGUUAACAACACGUCUACAAGUAUGACUUCAAAAUUAAGUCAAAUAAAUAAACCAAAAAUCAAUAAUAUGUCAUCUGUUCCUACUUCCAUUUCAACUAACUCUAAUAAUACUGUGAAACAAUCAUCACUAGCAGCUAUUACUACACCUGCCCCUCCUCGCACAAUUACUCCUGCAAUUACCACUACUUCUACUUCAAAUACAACUACUCAAAUAUUAAACCCGACUAUUGAACCAUCACAACAAAAUCAACCUAAUAAUGCAAAUGAAACUACAUCAAACAUUAUUGAUAAUAAUAAUGAUAAAUCACAAAAAAAUAAAGAAACAUGUGAAAAAAAGAUCGAAAAUUCUAAUAAUGAAUCUAAAAAAUCUGUUGAUGGUUUAAAAAUGUUAAGCACAAUUUCUUCUUUAAUUAAUGAAGAUGAUAAUGCAAUCAAUGAUGAAUCAAAGACAUCAGAAAAAAAACCAGAAAAUAAUACCGACUCUGAACAAGUUAAAACGGAACCUAAAGGGAUCCAAUCGCUAUUAACUUCUAACGCUGAUCUACCUACAACUGCUCAAUCUCACCAGCUAAUAUCUAGGCCAAACACUCCAAUGAUUUUAAAUCCAGUACCAGCUAAUUUUGCUACCAAAUCUAACGAAUUAUCAAAUUCUGAUCAAACUACAACUGCGUCUACUACAACUCCAAUAACAGAACCAAAUACCCAAACUAAAGAUACUAAUGGAGAUUCUAAUACUAAUGAAGCCAAUGUAAAUAAUGAUGUUAAUUCAAAAAUAGAUACACCAUCAAUUAAAGAUAACUCUUCAUUAGAAAAGGAUAUUCCAAACCAAAAUGAAUAUCAAACUUCAUCCAAAGAGCAGCCAGUUUAUCAACCUUUACUUUAA